GAGGGGGACAAAUGCGACUGCCUCCAAUAUUGAGGGGGGACACGGCCCCCCGGUUCCUAAGCCUAUGUUGUUUGACUGGCUGAAUUUUAUGAUGUAAAUGUUGCGAGAGACCCUGAGCAAGCUCAACAUAAAGGCAGAACACCGGAAGGGAGUUUUUCUAUAUCUGAUCAGAAACUGAAAGCUGAUGAAUUGAAGAUUGUUCAGUUAGACUGAGAGGAGAGGCUCCACGCGGUUUUACAGAACAGGCUGUGGGUGAAACGAUAAGCGGCAGAUUAGAGCAGCUAUGGAGUUUAUUUUACUGCUGACCUGCUUUCUUAUGUUUAGUGGAACAACUCUUGUUGAUGGAAACGGUGUUGCCAAGAUUACCACCAAAGAAGAUGACAAUGUCAUCAUACCUUGUUCUUUGGGCACAACACUUACAGAUAAGCGCAUUGAAUGGAUAAAAGAUAACAAGGAAAUAUAUAUUGUGGAAAAUGGCCGCGUUACAAUACAAGAUGAGCUGUUUAGAGAUCGGGUCUCUCAUUUUCCAGAUGAGCUAGAGUCAGGAAAUGCCUCUAUAAAAAUCAAUAAAGCAAAAGAGUCAGAUAAUGGAAGUUACGACUGCAAGUAUAGUGACCCAGGAAAAGUUAUUCCAUCAGCACUUAACAAGAUUGAGCUUACUGUUGAAAUGAUGUUAAAGGACAGAUCAGGAGACUUUAACCCUGAAGAGGCCUCAAGAGGAUUGGCUAUAGCAUCAGUCUCAAAAGUCCGUCCAACUGAUGACGGGGCACUGCUGAGGUGUGAAGUUCUUAAAGCUUCUCCUGAACCCACUGUAGUCUGGUAUGACAGCGCUGGAAACAACGUUUCUAAUAAAGCACCACAGAUCACUGACAAAGGGCAAACCUUCUAUGAUGUGAUCCUGGAGACCACAGUGACCAAGACAGACAACUAUACCUGCGAAGCCACACAGGAGGAAAAACACCAUCAGUCUAAAAAAACUACACAUGUGACUGUCAGAGGUAAAGGAAUCUCAGUUACUCCCAGUUUGGUCCUCAUUGGAAUUACCAUUGGAGUUCUUACUGGAGUUUAAGUACUACUACCACAAAAAACUCUUCAGGUAAGACAGAUGACAAGACCAAUGACAACUGAACCCAACAACCAAAUGACGCGGAGCUGAAACCAAUCAAUGACGUCACAAAGCCUCUAAGCUAAGCAAGAGAUGAGGAUUAAUUUAUGUUUUUUCUCAUUAAAAAGAAUUGAUAUCUAUUUUUCAUCAUUUGAUGUCUAAGAAAUAUAAACAAAGAACAAUUCAUCUAAAGUGUUUUAUGACAUUUAAAAAACGUCCCACUCAGUACUAUCACAUCAAGAUUUUCUUAACACAGUAUAAAUAAUCAACACUUAAACACGUGAGAUUAAAGUGGAGUUACUUCAACCCAAAUUAAUUUGCUCUUUGUAUUAACAGUUUUUAUUUAAAAACCAAGAUCAUGCUUGCAUGUGGUUUUGUUUCUCACAGAUUUUUUCACAAAUUUAUACUUCCUAUUGAGGAACAUAUUGUAAACGUAUCAUUGAAAGUAAUAAAACCUUUUUGUGAUUCAAGCCUUUAUCUCUCUGAUGCAACAUUAGCUACUCUUUUCUGUGGGACACUAAUUGAUAAUGAGAGGCAGAAAAGAUUGUUGACUUCUAUUAAAUUAAACCCAGUGUCUCAGUACACGAUUUAGUAAAAUAUAUAUUUACUUUUUCAACAAAGUUAUUUUCUCCAGUACUGCCUGUGUCUGUGUCUACAAACCCUGUAAUUUAUUAUUUUAAGGUAACUGCUGCAGGACUUUAAAAUAAUAUUCAGAAUGUUUUCACCAACCAGUUUGGGUUAGGUCUAGUGAAUGACAAGGAGGACAGCUUUAUGUUUGUUUCUGGUGGCUGGUAUUCAUUUUGAUAAUUUCCACUCAUCACUAAAUUAUGAUUAGCUAUAUAUUGUUGUUGAAAAUCUGAUUUUUCCGUUUUAUGCAUAAAACUUUUAAUUAUUUUCCUCUGCUUUUGUAUUUUAUGUUGAAUACUGAUUUUAUUGCGCUCCUAUUAAAUGUUUUAGAACCUCUGGAAAUCAGGUUAAGAUUUAAAAGAAAUUAGUUUCUAAAACUGGUGGCCUUGUUAAAAACUAUAAUUUUAAACUGAAAGGAAGCUCAUCAAAAUGUUAUAGCCAUGAACCAUAUAUGUAUUUAAAUGUAUUUUAUGCACUGCCCUUUGUCAUCAGUGCUGCAUUAUUUUAGCCAGUUUUUGUUUUUUAACUGAUUUUGUUUUUUGGAUUGGUUUAAAUUAACCAAUGUGCCUAUGAGUUUAAAGAGAAAUUAAAGGAGUAUGAACAUUUUGUGGCGCACUGAAUGUAUUUUUAAGCCAAACAGCUCAGAAGUCACAUUAACAAGAAGACGUUCAUAAUAUUAUUUAGAAAGUAAUUUAUUUGAAUGUUGAUAUGAAAGUCACUCAAAUUAAGUUUUUAUCUUUAAUUUUUCACUUUUUAUAUAGUUAUAUUUGUGCUUGUUAAUAUUAUUUUUUAUAUAGAUUUUGCUAAUUCAACCAAAACCUGUUUUUUGCUCUAACCCCCAAUGCCACCUUAACGUUCCACAACUGUUGUGAGGUAGAUGUUUAAUUUCUUACCAAGAUAAAGAAAAACUGCUUUAAGAUUCUGGAAUGACUGCUAAACAGCUGAAUUACAUCCAAACUUGUCUCAAAAUGUUAAAGUGAAGUUACUGGACAAGAGAAUGUGAUGUAAACAUUUUGUGUUUCAUUAAAGUAGCAGUAAUAAAGUUUUUGCCUUUCAGUACAGAUACCAGUAACCUCUAUUAUUUACCAUACAGAGAAAUUCUUCUUAAGUAGCAAACACUUAGUUAAUGCAACAUGUACAUUUUUAGCUUUGGAAUCAUAGAGGAAUAUUCUCCUUAGUCGUACAAUGUUACAGCAAUAUAGCGAAACAAUAAAUUAAGCAAACCUUUAAAUUCUGCCUUUUGGAUUUGUAUUAUAAGCUUCUGAUCUGGUGCAUCACAUUUCAGAAUAAAAACAAACUUGGAACAAGACUUCUGACUGAAAAAGAAAAUUAUUAGGACCGAUUUCCUGCCCAUUGAAAUUCAGUCCUGCCUAAAUUACCCUUUUUCUCUUUGAGAGAUUGUAUUUAACAUACCUUGGUGAAUGUAGUCAGUCCCACAUUGACAAAAGGCUGAAAAAGGAAAUUAUCAACAAAAUGAUAACUAUAAUGUAACAACUUAGAAACUCAAAUUGUGUGACAGUAAUUGAACUGUAUUACUGAAACAUCAUUAGCUCACUUUGUAGUCCAGCUGUUUUUACUUGUUUGUUUUUAAUUUCUAUUCUCCCAUGUUCUAUUUUGUUUCUGCAUUUUAUUCCUGCUUGCUUUUAUUCUGUUUUAUUUUCAUAUAUUUUAAUCAUGUAAAGCACUUUGCAUUGUCUCUGUACUGAAAUGUGCUAUAUAAAUAAAUUUGCCUUGCCUUGCCUUGCCUUGACAGAGUCAAGGUAAUUUAAAGACUG